AAAACCUCGCAGAGCGGCUUAUUUCGGGAUACCUUCAUCAGUGCUGUUGUGGUUGCUUGUGGAUUAAAGGAAGCAUUAUCCUCACUUUUCCAAAGAGAAUCGACAAACGAUCUAAGCAGUCAUGCCUUUCAGUAACUCCCACAACAAGGUGAAGAUGAACUACACCGCUGAACAGGAGUACCCUGACCUCAGCCAGCACAAUAACCACAUGGCGAAGGUGCUGACGCCGGAGAUGUACGCAAACCUACGGGACAAGGAAACCUCUUCGGGAUUUGGAGUGGACGAUGUAAUUCAAACUGGGGUUGACAACCCAGGCCAUCCAUUCAUCAUGACUGUGGGCUGUGUAGCUGGUGAUGAGGAGACAUAUGAGGUGUUUAAAGAUCUCCUGGACCCAAUAAUUGAAGAUCGCCAUGGAGGCUACAAGCCCACAGACAAACACAAGACGGACCUCAACCCAGAAAACCUUCAGGGUGGAGAUGAUCUUGACCCCAACUACGUCCUGAGCUCCAGAGUGCGGACUGGCAGGAGCAUCCGUGGCUUCUGCCUGCCUCCUCACUGCAGCCGUGGAGAGAGACGUGCCAUCGAAAAUCUGGCCGUUGAGGGUUUAAGUUCUCUGGAGGGUGAAUUUAAGGGAAAGUAUUAUGCCCUGAAGAACAUGACGGAGGAGGAGCAGCAGCAGCUAAUUGAUGACCACUUCCUGUUUGACAAGCCCGUGUCCCCAUUGCUGCUGGCCUCUGGGAUGGCCCGUGACUGGCCUGAUGCCAGGGGGAUCUGGCACAACGACGACAAGACCUUUCUAGUCUGGGUGAAUGAGGAGGACCACCUCCGUGUCAUCUCCAUGCAGAAGGGUGGCAACAUGAGGGAAGUCUUCACUCGCUUUUGCACAGGCCUCACAAAGAUCGAAUCCCUCUUCAAAGAGAAGGGCCAUGAGUUCAUGUGGAAUGAGCACCUUGGCUAUGUACUUACCUGCCCAUCAAACCUUGGGACAGGGCUGCGUGGUGGUGUCCACGUCAAGCUGCCCAACCUCAGCAAACAUCAGUCAUUUGGAGAGAUCCUCAAGAAGUUGAGGCUUCAGAAACGUGGAACAGGUGGAGUAGACACUGCUGCAGUAGGUGGCACCUUUGACAUCUCGAAUGCUGAUCGGUUGGGCUUCUCAGAGGUGGAGCUUGUGCAGAUGGUGGUGGAUGGAGUCAAGCUGCUCGUAGAAAUGGAGAAGCGGCUGGAAGCUGGCCAGUCGAUUGAUGACCUCAUGCCGGAGCAGAAGUGAAAGUCCUGUCCUAAUCCCAAUUUGGCUCCUUCUCCAUCAGUCCUCCCUCUGUCCAGCACCAAUACUAACUACACCAAGGAGCACACCCCACCCAAACAUUAGUGGCACUUAAGUUAGAUGAGUCUUCCGUCAGUCUGAAGGAUUUUGUAUCUCCAGCACUUUGAGGAUGGCUCUAACAUCUGAAAUAAAGUCUCUUUGGCCCAUGGAA